UACUAGAAUAUAGUGAAAUUAAAAGAAGAAAAAUUUUAAACAAAAGAAAUUAAAAGUAUAGAUGCGAAUCUAAAUUGUUCAUAAGUUAAAUAAUUUGUAUACCAAUGAUAUUACAAUAUGGCCAAAGAAGUUGAACCAGAGGAAAUAAUUAGACUCAUUGAUGGUGUUUAUAAGAGCAUAAUUGAAAAAUUCAAUCCAUGUGCAAGACAAUUAAUUACAGCUGGAAAAGCUUAUUUAAAAGCUCUUCAGGGAUCUGCCUCAGCCUCAAAUGUGUUCAUAGAAACAUUAAAUAAAAUAGCUGUUAACGCUCAACAUGGAACCUCAUCUGAUAUUGGUGAUGCCCUAAUUAAUGUUGUAAAUGUUCACAAAGCUAUUCAAGAGCAACAUAUUAACAUUCUUAAAGCAUUUUAUGUAGAUUUAUUAAUGCCAUUAGAAAACAAUUUAGAAAAAGAUACAAAAGUUGUUCAAGUUGAACAAAAAAAAUUUUUACAACAGCAUAAAGCAAAUGUUGAAAGCUAUUGUAAAGCUGUUACAACAUUAAAAAAGCAAAGAAAGAAAAAGAAUGCAUCGGGGACAACAAGUAAAGAAUUAAAGAGUCUGCAAGCUGUUGAAGAGCAAAAAAAUAAAUUGAAAACAUAUUGUAAUCAAAGUCUAAAAAAUGCAUUAACACAAGAAAGAAGACGUUAUGGUUUUGUUCUUGAACGACAAUGUUCAAUUGCAAAACAUUGGAUGUCAUAUCACAAUUCUGGAAAAACAUUAUUUGAUAAUAAUAUAGACGAUUGGCAACAAAUUGCGGCAACACGUGAAAAUAUUGACUUGAAUUUACAUGAAUUAUUUUCUAAAAAUAAAGAUGGCAAUAAAAGUGAUUUGGAAUCAAAUUCAUUGUUACUACGUAAAACAAGAAGUAUGGAGGUUGCUGGUGGUCCAGAUAAUAAAAGAGAUGAUCGUAGCUUUAAUCAAAAUUCCUUGCCAAGGACAAAAUCAGAACAUAAUUUAACAUCAUCAUCUGUUAAUCAUCAUAGAUUCUCUUCACCACAUUCUGAAGAACUUGUUGAAGAAUUAUUAAUUAUGAAAGCUGUUUAUACAUAUGAAGCAAAUGGUAAAAAUCAAUUAAAUUUUGAAGAAGGUGAUCGUAUUGCAUUAAUUGGUGGUCGUGUCAAUGGUUGGCAAUUUGGUGAAAAUUUAAGAACAAAACAAAUGGGAUGGUUUCCAGUUACAUAUUUGGAAAAAGAUAAUAAUAAUCAUCAUUAUCAUCAACAUAUACAACAACAUAAUCAAUAUCAAAAACAAAAUCAACAACAUCAUAAUAUUGUAAAUAAUAAUAAUAGUAAUAAUAUAAAUAAUCAUAAUCAAUAUAAUCAUGAUCAAACACCAAUGUCAACAUUAAAACGUGGUAUACAAAAUUCAAAAUCAACAUCAGAAAUGAUUGCUGAACCAUCACCAACAAGAAUGUUCGGUGAUACAAUACAAUUUCGUAAUACUAGAUAUUUUCAAAAAAUUUCGGCAGCUGAUUUAAGAACAAGUCCACCACCAGCAUUACCACCACCAAUACCAUCGGGUUCCGGUUCAUCAUCUAUAUCAAAUGCAAAUCAUUUAAAUACAUCACAAAGUUUUAAUUUCCCUAAAGAAUCGCAUAAUAUUGGUGAAAAGAAACGACCAAUUAUAUAUAAAGCAAAUAAACCUUUUCCAAUUGGGCACAAUAAUUCAGAGAUGGAAAAACCACCACCACAACCAGAAGUUGAUUAUUCUGAUGAAGAAGAAGUUGUUCCCACAAGAGUACCAUUAAGACAACAUCAAAAUAAUGAUAAUGAUAAUACUAUAAAAAGACCUUUAUCAUCAAUAUUAUUAUAUGAUGAUGGUAAUUCAUCAACACGAAAUUCAUCACCACAACAUCAUAGCAAUAAUAAUAAUAAUAAUUAUCAUAUUAAUAAUAACAAUAAUAUUACUAAUAAUAAUUUAGCCGAUAUCGAUUUAAAUACAUUAACACGAAAGGAUAAUUUUAUAAAGAGAACAAAAUCAUUUUGGAAAAGUAAAAAAUAUGAUGAAAAUCAAAUAAAUAAUUUAUCAUCAUGGCGUCAUGAAGAUAUAAUGAUGAAUCAAAAAGAUAAUAAUUCAAAUCAAAAUAAUAAUGAUAUAAUAAUGAAAAAUAAUAAUGAUAGUGAAUACGAAAAUGAUAAUAUAAUACAUAAUAAUAAAAAUUUAAAUAAUGGUUAUAGUAAUAGUCCAAAACAACAAUAUAGGCAUUUAAAACAAAUAUCAGGACAACAAAAGCAACGUAAUAAAAAUCAACAAGAUAAUAAUAAUAAUAAAAAUAAUAAUAAAAAACGUAAUAAUAAAAAUGAUUCAAAAACUGUAUCAUCUAUGAAUUUUGAUAAUAAUAAUCAUAAUCAUCAUAAUCAUCAUCAUUCACAUAAUAAUAAUAAUAAUUUUGAUAGUGAUGAUAGCGAUAAUAGUACUAUUAAAAUGUCCGAAAUUAAUAGUAAUCAUCAUAAUAAACAUAAUUUUGAUGAUGAUUCAAAUAUUGGUUUAAUUAAAAAACCAUUUAAACGUCGUGAAAUAUUAAAACAAUAUUAUAAUUCUGAUGAUGAAGAUGAUAUAGAAUUAAAUAAUAAUAAUAACAACAAUAAUCAUAAUAAUCAUCAUCAGCAUCAUCACAUUAAUAAUCAUACAACAAAUCAUAAUAAUAUAAAUGAAAAUAAUAUAAAUAAUAAUAAUAAUAAUUUAAUUAAUGAUCCUGAUGAUGAUGAUGACGAUGAUGAUAAUGAUGUUGAUAAUGAUAGAGAUGAUACAGAUGAUGAUCGUACUGAUACAGAACAUGAUAAUGAUACAACAAUAUCAGAUCCAUAUGAUUGUAUUGUUAUUGAUGAUCAUUUAGUUAAAACAAAAAUGGAAUUUAAAACAUUUAAAGGUGAAAAUUAUCAAAAUCAAAAUCAAAAACAGCAGCAACAACAACAACAUCAACAACAACAACACCAAAAAAGAAAUAAAAAUAAACGUAAUGAUCAUAAUGAACAUAAUAAUAUUAAUAAUAAUAAAAAUAGUAAUAAUAAUAAUAAUACUAGUAAUAAUAAUCAUAAUAAUAAUAAAAAUAUUAAUAAUAAUUCACCAUCUGGUACAUUAUUACCACGUACAAAAUUAAAUAAAACAUCAAGUAAAGAAAAUCAUUUAAAUAGAACAAUGAAUCAAUCAACAACAACAACAACAACAACAUCAUCAUCAUUAUUAUUACAAGAUAAUAAUAAAAUGAUGAUAAAUGAUAAUAAUCAUAAAAAUAAUGGUUUUAUUAAUAAAAAUUAUCAUCCACAACAACAGCAACAACACUUACAACAACAUCAUAAUCAAGAAUAUUCAGAUGAUUCAUAUUCAAAAAGUUAUGGUCCAUGGUAUGAUUUAUGGGAUGAUAAAUCACAUCAUGCAGCAAAAAGUUAAAUUAUUAUAUAAAAAAAAAGAAAAAAAAAACAAAACAAUUAUUAUGUAAUUUACAAUUUUUUAUUUUAAAUUUAUAAUUAAAAUUAUGUACAUUAAUUAAAUAAUGUAAAAAAAUUUGUUAUAAAAAUUAAAUACAAAAGUAUAUGAGUGUGAAUUAUAUAUUUGUAUAAAUAUGCAUAUACAUACUAACAUGUUUAUAUCCCAUAUAUAAAUAAUAAUAUUUUAUGUAUAUUGUUGUAAAAUGGUUUGAUAAGGUUCCUAUUAAAAUAAAAGAAUCCUUAUCCUUAUAUAAAAGAGGUCAAUAUACAUAUUUUUUUUUUUUAAUUGUUAAAUUGCAUAAAUUUAGGAUGAAUAUAAACUAGAAUUAUAAAAAUAAUGUUUACAUUUGCAAUUUAAAAUUUUGAAUUUAAGAUUUCGUCUUAAAUCUUUUUACAAAAAAAAUCAUACUACUUCUAUUUUUACGUAUAAAAACAAAACAAAAUUAGAAUACAUUAAUAAAAUUUUUCGUUUUAAAAUUAGACAAAGAUGUUAAAUUUAAAAUGAAUUUUUGAACACAUGAUUGUAAAUUAAUGAAAUUUUCAUAAAAUAUGGAUGAAAACAGACGUAAUCUUAAAUUUAUUAUACAAAAUAAAGUGUGUAUUACUAAAUUAAAUUUAGGCCGGUUUUUGAACAAGAAUAGUAGAAUCGAAAAUAAUUAUUUUGUCUCGUUUUAUAAAAGUACUCUAGAAUAUAUAAAAAAUUCGAAUAAACUUUUAUUAAAUAUAAAUUCAGAAAAUUAAUAAAUAAUGUACAUAUGUUACAAACCAAAACAUCUUAAAUGCUAAAUCUAUAAAUGCUAGCUCGAUUUUUACUUUAAACAACUUAACACUUAAAUAUAGGAUACAGAUAGGUACAUACAUGAUUUAUUGAAGUAAAUUUCAAUUUUUAUCAAAUUUCGAUAUAAUUAUAAUUGAACAAGGCAUUCUUUUUUUCUUAAAUACACUUUUGAAUCUUAAUUAUUUAAAUUAAUUUAAAAAUUUUUCAAAUAGUUAACAAACAUAUAUAAAUAUUUUAUUUAUAACAAUAUUUAUGCAUAAUAUUCAAACACACCAAUUAAAAAUGAAAAUACAAAAUGAAAUCUUAUAAAAAAUAUUAAAGAUAAAAAUAAAAGAAAAAAUUAUGUUAAACAUAUUAUAAUUAUAUUAAAGUCAUUAUAUUUAAUUUUUUAUUUUUGAAUUGUUUUUUUUAUCUUUUUUAAUAAUAUAGAAAAUUAUUGUGAAAAAAAUUGUAAUUGUAUAUAGAAUUGAAAGCAAAAAACAAAAAAAAAACGAAAAUAAUUGUACGUAUUGUUGUAAAACUUUAAAAUAUAUAUCCGAAAUUAAUUAAAAUUAGAAAAUAUUAUUAAAAAAAAAAAAAAUAUUUUGAAUACUUUAAUGUAAAAUUUAAAAUUAAAAAAUUUCUCAAAAAUUUAAUUCGAAUAAUCGUAAUAUUUUAGUUCUGUUCAACCUGUUCAAGAUAGAAACAUGUGACAGCAUAAAAUUGAGAGAAAUAUGUGAGUUGUUCAUAUAUCAUAUAAAAAAUUUAGAGGAGAAUUUUAUCUUGGACAGACCUAAUUACUUAUAUUUCUAAAUAAUUAUUAAAAUAACAGAAAAAAAAAUCAUUUAAAAAUUAUUCAACAAUAAUUGAUAUUUUAUUUAAAAAUUCCCAAUUUAUUGAUUUAUUCAAAUUUAUUUAAGCAUAGAGAUUUUACUAAACAAAAAAAAAAAAUUAUCGAUUUAUGUAAGAAAGAAUGAAAAAUUAUUUUAUUUUUUAUAAAUUAAUAAUAAUUUUCUAAAGGAGCAAUUUAAUUUCCAUAAAAAUUAUUCUUUUAUAUUUUAAUUGUAAAAAUUUAUUUUGUUAAUUGAAUUUUAACAUUACAUAAGUAUUUUUAUAUUUAAAAUUAUUCUUCUUUUUUUUUUUAUAUAAUAUAUCAAUAUAUUAUUUCUUUCUUUAGGAGUAUUUUGAAUUGGGUAUUUUAACAAAAUAAUAUUGCUGUUAUUACUAUUGUUUUCAGAUACAAAAUAAAUUUUUAUAAAAAUUAUGCCGUUUCCCAUAAUAAGUCAAAGAUUUGACAAUCACAUCAAUCAUGUCAUUCGCUGAAUUUUGUAAAUAACACAAUCAUCUGCAAUCAAGUAUUUUUGAAUUACAUUUUAAAAAUAGCAUAUUUUAAUUUAAAAAUCACUUGAUUUUUGAUGUCAAAAAAAUGCAAAAAAAAAAACAACUUACUGAUUAAGACGGCCUUAGUUUAAAAACAAAAUUUUUAUAUUAAAUUUUAUUUAAUUAGAAUAUUAAAAUACCAUAAAUACCAUAUUUUUGAAACUUGAAUUUAUGGUAUUUUAAUAUUUAUUGAAAAAUACUUAUUUUUUUUUAAUUUUUUGAAUAUUCAAACUGAAUAAAUCAACUAGUUAGUGCAAAAACAAAAAAAAAAAAAUAAUUUUAAUUAUAAAUUUAAAAUAAAUUUGUAAACAUAUUAAACUACAUGAUAAAUUUCUUUUAUUUUUAUAAAAAUUACAUUUAUAAUAAUCUAAUAUAAUACAUGAAGAAAAAAAAAAUUAAUUGUUACUUUAAAUAAA